AUGGCCGCGAAGUCGGACGGGCGGCGGAAGAUGAAGAAGGGCGGCGAGGUGGCGUUCACGCCGCUGCAGAACUCCGAGCACUCGGGCUCCGUGCAGGCGCUGGCCCCGGGGCUGCCCGCCGGCUCCGGGCCGGGCGGCGGCAGCGACGACGAUGAGGCGCCCGGGGGCGGGUGCUGCAGCGGCGGCGGCGGCGGGGACGGCUCGGGCGGCGGCUCCCGGUGCUGCUGCUGCUGCUGCAGCGGCGGCAGAGGAGGAGACGGCGGAGGGGGCGGUGGCGGGGGCUCCCGGGGCUCGGGCGGGGGCUCGUCCUCCUUGUGCCUGCGGCUGGGCAGGGAGCAGCGGCGCUACUCGCUGUGGGACUGCCUCUGGAUCCUGGCCGCCCUGGCCGUGUACUUCGCGGACGUGGGCACCGACAUCUGGCUGGCGGUGGACUACUACCUGCGGGGCCAGCGCUGGUGGUUCGGGCUCACCCUGUUCUUCGUGCUGCUAGGCUCCCUGUCCGUGCAGGUCUUCAGCUUCCGCUGGUUCGCGCACGACUUCAGCACCGAGGACAGUGCCGCCGCCGCCGCCGCCGCCGGGCACUGCCCCGCCGCCGAGAGCAAGCUGCUGGUGAGCAGCGGCUCCGCGGCCGCGGACAUCGACGCCGCUCGCCCCAGCACGCCGCAGAGACAGGCGUCCACCGCCAGCAAGGGCAACGCCACCAACAGCAGCAGCAACAGCAGCAGCCACGCCGCCGGCAGCGGCCCCGCCGGUCCCCGCGCUGGCGGCGGCCGCUCCGCGUCCUGCGCCUUCUGCAUCUGGCUCCUGCAGUCGCUCGUCCACAUCCUGCAGCUGGGGCAGGUCUGGAGGUAUUUUCACACAAUGUACUUGGGUAUCCGGAGUCGACAGAGUGGAGAGAAUGACAGAUGGAGGUUUUAUUGGAAAAUGGUGUAUGAGUAUGCAGAUGUGAGUAUGCUGCAUUUGCUAGCCACCUUUCUGGAAAGUGCACCACAGCUGGUCCUGCAACUCUGUAUUGUUGUUCAGACUCGUACACUCCAGGCUCUCCAAGGUCUUACUGCUGCAGCAUCCCUUGUAUCCCUGGCUUGGGCUUUGGCUUCCUACCAAAAGGCCCUCCGUGACUCCCGCGAUGACAAGAAGCCCAUCAGUUAUAUGGCUGUUAUAAUCCAGUUUUGCUGGCACUUCUUCACGAUUGCAGCAAGGGUCAUUACUUUUGCUCUCUUUGCCUCGGUUUUCCAGCUGUACUUUGGGAUCUUCAUCGUGCUGCACUGGUGCAUCAUGACCUUCUGGAUCGUUCACUGCGAGACAGAGUUUUGCAUCACUAAAUGGGAGGAGAUAGUUUUCGACAUGGUUGUUGGGAUAAUCUAUAUCUUCAGCUGGUUCAACGUCAAGGAAGGGAGGACACGUUGUAGGCUUUUCAUUUACUAUUUUGUCAUCCUUUUAGAAAACACCGCCUUGAGUGUUCUCUGGUAUCUGUACAAGGCCCCUCCAAUCUCCGAUGCAUUUGCCAUACCAGCACUGUGUGUAGUGUUCAGCAGCUUUUUAACAGGCAUUGUUUUUAUGCUAAUGUACUAUGCCUUCUUUCACCCCAACGGACCAAGGUUUGGGCAGUCACCAAGCUGUGCUUGUGAGGACCCUGCCGCUGCCUUCACCCUUCCCCCAGAAGUGGCCACGAGCACACUGCGCUCCAUCUCCAACAACCGGAGCGUCACGAGCGAGCGGGAUCAAAAAUUUGCAGAGAGGGAUGGGUGUGUGCCGGUGUUUCAGGUGAGACCCACUGCACCAUCCACACCUUCCUCCCGGCCACCAAGGAUUGAGGAGUCUGUCAUUAAAAUCGAUCUGUUCAGGAACAGGUACCCAGCAUGGGAGAGACACGUGUUGGACAGAAGCCUGAGGAAGGCGAUCUUAGCGUUUGAAUGUUCCCCUGCUCCUCCACGGCUACAGUAUAAAGAUGAUGCCCUUAUUCAGGAGCGCUUGGAAUAUGAAACCACAUUGUAA